AUGGAGUACACUUACAACCAUUUUGGCAACAAUGAAGCACACUUGCCUCCUGGCUUUAGGUUUCACCCAACUGAUGAAGAACUCAUCACUUACUACCUCCUCAAGAAGGUACUUGAUAGCAACUUCACUGCUAGAGCCAUUACUGAAGUUGAUCUCAACAAGUGUGAACCUUGGCACCUUCCUGAAAAAGCGAAGAUGGGAGAGAAAGAAUGGUACUUCUUCAGCCUGCGUGAUAGGAAGUACCCAACUGGGCUGAGGACUAAUCGAGCAACUGAAGCUGGAUACUGGAAAGCCACUGGGAAGGACAGGGAGAUUUACAGUUCGAAGACUUACUCUCUUGUGGGUAUGAAGAAAACCCUAGUGUUCUACAGGGGGAGAGCCCCAAAGGGAGAGAAGAGCAACUGGGUCAUGCAUGAGUACCGUCUUGAAGGCAAAUUUGCCUACCAUUAUCUCUCCAGGAGCUCCAAGGACGAAUGGGUCAUAUCCCGUGUGUUCCAGAAAAGCGGCUCCACCUCCGCGACCAGCGGCGGCAAGAAGAGGCUUACCUCCGGCAUCAACCUGUACCCAGAACCCAGCUCUCCUUCAUCAGUGUCUCUUCCACCACUGCUUGACUCCUCCCCUUACACCGUCGCCACCGACCGUGAGAGCUGCUCCUACGACGGCAAUGCCACAAAGGAGCACGUGCCCUGUUUCUCCACCACAGUUGCGGCCAACUUCAUCCCUCAGUCUUUCUUCGAUUUUCCACCGCCACCCCCGAGCUUCGGUCCGAUGGUUGACCCAUCACCUUCUUCGUCUCUCUGUCCAAGGAACUUUGGAGUAUCGCCAUUUCCCAGCCUGAGGUCGCUCCAGGAGAACAUUCAGCUGCCAUUCUUGUCCUCCAUGGGUCCGCCUAUGCCCAGCGGGGCAGAGGUGGCUGGGUAUAGUUUUGAUGGUGGCUGGCCAGCUCCGGAGACUCAGAAAGUUGGACCCACUGAGCUUGACCGCAUGUGGAGUUACUAA